ACUGUAGUUUAAUAUUGUUGUUAAUAUAAAUUUUAGAUAUUUUUACUUAUAUUUACCUGCCUAUAUGUUUUGUUUACUUCUAAUAUAUUUUUUUAUUUUUUAUUUAUAUUAGUUACACUAAUUUUAACUGGACUGUUAUUUUUUGAUUUUUGUAUAAAACGUAUUUUAUUUAAAAUAAAUGUCAUGUACGUCUGGACGGUAUGUUUCGUAGAUCGGAAACCAUAAGGUGGGGAUGGUGAAAUGGAAAUGAUAUUAAAUCCCGACAGACGGGCUCUUUGUGGUUUUACGUAGAGAGGUAUCAUGAGUACCAGUCAUACUCAUACCAGUUGUUUGAUUUUGUUUUUCACGUGAUAACUUCUCACAGUGGUGUAUAAAUAUGGAAUUUACUAGAAUUAUCAUCGAAUUUAUUAUAUUAGCAAACACAGCCAUUACAUUUGUUUUUUCUGGACCGUCGGAUUGCGAACCCCGACCAGGGCCAGAUAGCGGGCAAGUGGUUUUUACGUCAUCUAAAAAUUGGAGAAGGGCUGUGGAGGUGUACCAAUGCGAUGAUGGGUACGUUCUGACAGGUCAAACAAAGCACACGUGUAUUGAAGGAGAAUGGUCUGGACAUGUACCGUCAUGUACACGGCCUACUAGUUCCGGUCACAACAAUAACAAUAUUAUCAGUUCGGCACAAGGUUGGUUUUCAUUCAGACGUAUAUUAAAGCUCGACACAAAAAGGAAAAUUCAAAAUAACGAGAAACGGUUAGGAAAAAAAUCUGUAGAUAUUAAAACACCCGAAACACUCCAGCAGACAUCAGGACACGGCACAUUUGAACUUCCGAAACAUAUGAUUAGAGAUUUGGCUAAAGAAUAUUCGGUAGGUGACUAUGAUUUAAGCUGUUUGUUUAGAAAACGACAUGGGAAAAUUUUUUUGAAGGCACCUAAAUUGCCAUACGCACGUGUAGUAAAAUAUUCCAAAAAUAAAAAUACUGUUGAUCCAAAAAACAAAUAUUUAGAAGCGAUUUACCAUUGUAUCAAAGGGCAUGUGUUCGAAAAUCCUUCACAUACCAAACUUUAUUGCAGUAAUGGAAAUUGGGUUGGUGUAAAACCACAAUGUGUUCCCAAAACGACUCCGAUGACUAUGUAUCAAAUGGAAUGUUAUAUUAAGUGUCCACCGGACAAGAACGUAAGCUUAGCUGAAGGUGAAAAAUUUAUAAAUUUCGAAGUGGAACAACCAAAUACGAAUUACGAUUGGAACAGGUUCGGUACAUUAAGUUCCGGUUGGUACAAAAAUUCAUCGAGGAUUUUGGUACCGGGUUUGUACAUAAUCACUUACACGGUUCGUGAUGAUGAAGAUACGGAUAUUGCAUCAUGUAGGACAACUAUACGAGUGACGGAUGAUGAAGUUCCAUCAGUACAUGAUUGUCCUACGUAUUUGGAAGUAAUAGAAGAUUUUUCAAAAAAGAACACCGUUCCCGUAUCAUGGCCUGAACCUCGGUUUUCAGACAACAUAGGCGUUACCCAAGUAGCUAAAACGAUGGAACCGGGUCAACUUAUGGGUCCAGGACUACAUAAUGUAUUGUACAUUGCCAUGGAUGCAUCAAAAAAUGAAGCUACAUGUAAUUUCACUAUUGAAGUUAAAGAUCGUGCAGUAAUUGAAAUUGAAAACAGUAAAAGAAACGUUAAAUAAAAUUAUUUCAAAGGACGAUAUAAUAUAAAGAUUAAUAUGUUUAACUUAACUAAUUCUUAUCAUAACUAUUAAUUAAACUAAGGAAUUGUUUGAUGAGAUUCAUGUUUUUAUACUAAUAAAUAAUAAUUUUAUUUUUUAUUUAAUAACAUACUAAAAAAAAAUAAUGUUUAAUACUUGUGAUAGCUUUGAUUUUGUUUGACGUAUUUGUCAGCCUUUUGUCUAUUUUUCCUUUUUCAAAAUAUUUUUCAUUGUAAAUUAGGUAUAAUUUUUGAUUUAUAUAAGUGGAUAGUGCAUAUUGUUGUAUAUUUUUAUAUAAUUUUUUAAUACAAUUGUACAGAUUUUUUAGUAUUAUUUUAUAUUUUCUUAUACCAUUCUGUCUACGUGUACUUUGAUACUCUUAAAAAAUGCUACCUCGAAAUUCCGUAGCCUGUUUUCAAGUUUGCACUUAGAAACACACUGAUUUUCAUUAUUAUGUGUAUAGACAUUAACUCUUAGUCACAUUUUGGCUUAAAUCGACUUUAAUUUUUCUUCUAGGA